UUUAUUAGCAUGCUGUAGACGGUCCAGAGAUCAAGCUGAAUAAUCCGGGUAGCUACACAUAGUCGCAAAAGCCUCAUGUACAGUAAUAUACCCAUAACACACCUUUAUUAUGGACAAUAAUGAUGCCAGAAGGCAGGCCCUGUUCUGAGUCAAAAUAUAUCAUUUGGAGGAGCUUUGGAAAGGAUGAAGGAUCGAUGUGGCCAUCAAUGUACCCCCUCCUUAAUCAUGACGAUUGACCAGUCAUCUAACCCCUCUUUUGCCUAAAAGGAACCUCGAAUUCACUUAUCUUAUCGGCCGAAGCAUCUUAAUACUGGGAGCAGAGGAAGGAUGCUGAAUCCUUUGUCCUAUUCUUCUGAGACAGAAUGGUUAAGAUGCUUAAAGAAUCAAAAUUGACAAGAAGAGUCCGGGACGUUUUCGUUAUCUGAUAGCAGACUCUCGCCAGACUGGUGGUCCCACGAUAAACCGAGAUGAUCCCAUUCUACAAGCCGGUACCUGCACCAUCUGCUAUAUUCAAAGACAGGCCUCUUCCGGAACAGAAUGCCAAUUGCCUAUCAAAGAUACUAUUUCACUGGGUGACUCCUAUUAUUAAGGCAGGGUAUUCAAGACCUCUCGAGGCUGAUGAUUUAUGGGACUUGACAACUGACCUGGAAUGCAAGACGGUCUCAGACCAACUUCGAGCCAACUUCCUCAGUCGUACCCCUCCAUCCAAACGUCUUUCACCGUCUCACCCUCCUGUAAACAGCCGUACCUCUCACAUACCCACUUCUUCCUCGCUCGGAGCUGGUAUACAUCCCGCUACCCGACACGGGAGAUUGAAUGACAGGCUCACAACGUCAACAUCGCGAGCGUAUAUGAAACAAGCUAGGGAGAGCAUGUUUUCCAUGGUUGGUAUGGAUGUUUUUGCUAUGAACCAUGACACGGCGCACGUCGAGACCAUUACGGAUGAAGAUACCCUCCCCAUUCCAUCGUUACGUCAAAAGGAGGAGGGAAAUCUGAGCGGUCUAGAAAAUAAAGGUCUCGUUAAACAAUAUGGGAAGAAGAAAGCCAAUAAGAUCUUGAAAGGGCAAGUAACAAUAGAAAACGGUAAAUUAUAUGACAUGAGUCUGAUUAGGGCCAUGUAUUCCACCGUGUGGCUGAAAUGGUGGAUCGCAAUCAUUAUGAAGAGUUGCGCUGCUGCUCUUCAGGUGACCUACCCCCUCGUCACCCAACAGCUCAUCAACCAAAUCACCACCGCCCACACAUACCACAAUGACCCCACUAACAAUUCUCCACCUAAAUCCAUAGGUUACAGCCUUGGCUUGGCCUUUGCCCUUUUCGCAAUGAUCCAAGCUUCAAGUUUAUUCUCCUAUCAGGCUUUACAGAGAGGAAGUGUGAUUGGACUCAUGAUGCGCGCCGCGUUGAUUGACUUAAUCGGUAGCAAGUCACUGAAACUCUCGACAACAGCAAAAGUAGAGAUGACCUCAGGUAAAAUGACGACCAUGGUCUCAGCCGACGCUUCCUUUCUCGACUUCUCGGCACCUAUGACUCUUGAUCUUGUAGUACAGCCUGUGCAGAUCGUGGUUGGCUUGGGAUUGCUCAUCUGGACUCUCGGAUAUUCAGCUUUAGUCGGACUAGCCGUAAUGGCCCUUGCAGGCCCCCUUCAAGCUUUCAUGUUCGCUGUCAUGGUUCGUACCCGUCAGUCCCAACUGACCUAUGUCGAUGCGCGCGUUCGUCUGCUAUCAGAGACUAUCACUUCCAUCCGAGCAGUCAAACUUUUCGCUUAUGUGUCAUUCUUUUCCAGCAAGGUGACUGAGCUGAGGAAGAAGGAAUUGGUGUUUCUCAAGAAGAAUGGAUUCAAUAGAGCGAGUAUGAACGCAACGAUGGCAUUUAUACCCACCCUUGCUGCUGUUUUAACGUUUAUCACAUACGGACUCACAGGUCGUUCUCUCACACCAGCGACUAUAUUCUCAGGCCUGCAGUACUUCAACGUCCUCAAAACGCCCAUUGCCUUCUUGCCUAUGUGCUUUACCGCGAUCUCCGACGCUCUCGUGGGUAUAGGGAGGAUAGGUACGCUGCUGAGAGCAGAGGAGAUGCCAGAAGGGGUCAAUGUACAGGAAGAUGCUAGGUGGGCGGUAGACGUAAAGGGAGACUUUGAGUUUCAAAAGGUGAAGGAAAGGAAAAACAAGAAUGGGACUACUGAAGGUGAGGAGAAGAACGCUAAGAUCGAGGAGAAGCCGUUCAGACUGGCAGACAUUGAUCUGAGAAUACCUAAGGGUGCUUUAGUCUGCAUUGUCGGUCGAGUCGGAUCGGGAAAGUCGGCUUUGCUCUCUGGAUUAAUCAACGAAAUGAGGCAAAUGGACGGCCACUCUGUCUUUGGAGGGUCAGUGAGCUACGUCCCUCAACAAGCUUGGAUUCAUUCAGGUUCAGUCAGAGAUAACAUCACUUUCUCUGCCAGACGGGAAGAGAUUGACUUCGCCAGGCUGAACGCUGUGAUCGAUGCUUGCGCUCUGAGGACUGAUAUCCAAGCCAUGUCUGAUGGUGAUCUCACCAAUGUAGGAGAGAAAGGUCUUCUUCUCUCAGGUGGCCAGCGUCAACGUCUCUCUCUCGCCCGUGCAGCUUAUGCCCAGUCCUCUAUAGUACUCCUUGAUGAUCCUCUCUCAGCAGUUGACGCUCACGUCGCCCACCACAUAUUUGAGAACUGUAUUGUUUCUGGUCCUCUCGCGAGCCGAACCAGAAUUCUCGUGACUCAUCACAUGGCUAUUUUACCAAGGGCUGAUUGGGUUGCCGUUAUGGAAAGUAAUAGCCAUGGGAUAGGGAGGGUGGCACAGAUGGGAAGGUAUGAUGACUUGAAAAAGCAGCAAGGACCGUUCAGGAGCCUCUUCGAUGAAGUCGGCUCAGCUGAAACACAACCUCGAGCUCAUACACCGACACCACUUCCUACAACCCCUUCAUUCAAACCACCAACCUCAGCCCCCAAGGAAUCUGAAGAAUAUGAGAAGAAAACUUCCCAAGAUCCUAUGGAAGAGGAUCGCCAAACUGGACCCAUUCCGUGGUCCAUCUACGCAACGUACUUGUCGGCCAUGGGAAACCCGAUGUGGUCGCUUCUCUUUGCAUCCAUGCUCAUAUUGACACAGGUGGCAACAGUGGGGAAUAACUUAUUGCUCGGUUUUUGGUCUGCCGAUAGCUGGAGUCUUACUCAGGGAGAAUAUAUGGCAGUGUAUGCCGGUCUUGGUGUAGGGAUUGGUCUUUUUACGUUUGGUGCAUCCUAUACUAUGUUUCUCGCUGGCCUUGGCUCUUCUUACGCUCUCUUUGCACGAGCAUGGGAGCACGUCAUGAGAGCACCAAUGAAAUGGCAUGACCAGACUCCCAGCGGACGAAUCAUCAAUAGAUUGUCAAAAGAUAUUGAGAUGCUUGAUGAUAGGAUGGCAUUCUCAUGGGAGACCCUACUCGUCAACGGUCUUUCGGCUAUUGGAACCUUUGGUCUCAUCCUUUACUCAUAUCCUUGGCUGGGUUUGGCAUUUAUCCCACUAACGGUCUUCUAUUAUAUUGCCGGCUCCUACUACCGACAGACUUCCCGCGAAAUCAAGCGUAUUGACUCCAUUACGAGAUCUCGCAUCUAUAGCUCUUUCGGAGAACAGUUGGCGGGCUCUGCUGUCAUACGCGUCUUCGGUAAGCAGUCCGCUUUUGAGAGAAGAAUGCAAGAUGCUAUCAAUGCUGAGGGACGAGCGUAUAUUCUCACUCUUGUAAUCCAAAGGUGGCUAGGUGUCCGACUUGAUCUGUCAUCAAACCUUCUCAUCCUGCUAAUCGCCAUUUUCGGUGUUGUUUUUCGUGACACAGUCAAUGCCUCAUCUUUCGGUGUUGUCUUCUCCUAUGCACUGUCAGCUGCCGCUUUGUUCUCAAACCUUGUCUCUCUUUAUGCUCAAGUUGAGAUGGAAAUGAACAAUGCCGAACGAAUAAUCCACUACACCUCCCUUCCCACUGAACCCCCUGCCAUCCUCCCCUCCGACCCAAAGAUCUGGCCUAAUCGUGGUUCUGUCAAGUUUAAAGACUUAUCUCUCCGGUACUCUCCUGACACGCCCUGGAUUCUCAAGAGACUGAGCUUCUCUGUGAGUCCGGGAGAAAAGGUCGGCGUGAUAGGGAGGACUGGAGCAGGAAAGAGCAGCCUUGUGGGGGCGAUUAUGCGAGCCGUUGGUGAUGAAGAGAUAAGAGGUCAGGUGGAAAUCGACGGGGUGGAUAUCAAAAAUAUUGGGAUAGACACGCUUAGAAAUGGAGUUGGACUGAUCCCUCAGGAAGCUUUUUUAUUUGAAAGUACUGUCCGCGAGAACAUGGAUCCAAAAGGACAGAACACCGAUGCUCAUUUGAACUCACUUCUCUCCCUCAUCCACUCAGAUCCUAUCAUGCCAUCUUCACAACGUCUUCGAGAAAAAUUCAAAUUAGAUGCCCCCGUCAGCGAUGGGGGAAGUAACUUCAGUGGGGGCGAAAAACAAAUGUUGGCAUUGAUGAGAGCUUUGGCUCGAGAUACAAAGAUCCUCUUACUAGACGAAGCCACUUCGUCUGUCGAUGGUGAAACUGACGCCUUGAUCCAGAGAAUCAUCCAAAACCAUUUGAAAGGUACCACAUUAAUCUCAGUUGCUCACCGACUCCAUACUUUGGCGUAUUACGACCGGAUACUUGUAUUGGACGGUGGGCGAGUUGUCGAAUUUGAUUCGCCUCUGGUAUUAUUCGACAUCCGAGACUCCAUCUUUCGCCAGUUAUGCGAUCGUGUUAAUAUACAAAGGCAUGACCUUCUUCGUCUUCGCCACGAUGCUUUAUACGCCGCGCAAACUGCAAGAGACCGAGAAUCAUUGUUCAAUCAUUGGACGGUUGCGGAUGCUUGGGCUCAGGAUGGUAUGCGGGCGUCAUAAUGGUCUCAUUCGCCUUAAGCCAUUCUCUUAGAUGGUGUUUCACAUAGAAUCUACACAAUGUGAAAGAUCAUGCAAGAAUACAUUAUGAUGGCUGUUACCUGGUUUGUUGUAACCUCUCAACAUGGUUUAAUAAGCCCAAUAUAUAAUGCAUGACAACACUGC